AUGGAGGUGAAGGAUGUUGAAAAAGAGGAGGCGGUACAAGACGUGGUUGAAGAAGAAGUAGUCCAACCAAGGAAUGGAACACCAAGGGACGCAGAAACUACAGCUUAUGAGAACUCUAGGCUAUACAAAGAAAAGGUGAGAGCUGUUCAUGACAAGAAUAUCAAGCGGCGAGAGUUCCACCCUGGUGACUUGGUUUUACUCUACAACUCAAGGUUGCGUCUCAUGCAAGGCAAGUUGAGAUCUAGAUGGGAAGGCCCCUACAGAGUGGAAAAGGCUGAACCGUACGUCGUUUUCCACUUGAGCCACCCUUCUAACCCCAAUGUCCUCAAGGUCAAUGGUCACUACUUGAAGCUCUACCACGGUAAGAAGAUGAAGGACAACAAGGAGCUGGAGAUCUUCCUCUUGGAAGAUCCGCCAAUAGUAACGGACUGA